AUGACGACUAACGUCCCUGGCCCCGCGCUUUAUGCCGACAACGAAGGCAACGUUGUUGUUCGGCGCGAUCUCCCGGCUCCCACGCCAGCAGAGGGCGAGAUCCUGAUCGAAGUUCUCUUCUCCGGCUCCAACCCUUCCGAUCUCCGAAUAGUGAACUAUCUUGGUUUCCGCAACUUUGUCCUUGGACCGCCAAUUGGCAUUUUUAAAGUCCCAGCAAACCUGCCACUUCCUGAUGCCGCUGCGCUGACAACUGUUGUGCAAACUGCAAAUGACGCCCUCUUUCACCUGUUCAAACUUCCGCUGCCGUCAAGUGGCCACGGCCAUAUUGAGGGCACGCUGGUGGUAUGGGGUGGCGGAACCGCGGUUGGCAUGUCCGCCCAUUCCCCUGGCACGGUGGACGACAUGUACGACUAUGGUAGACCACGAAUCGGUGGUUGGUGGUGA